AUGGCCACUCAAACUGUCCUCAUCACCGGUGCCUCCGGCUUCAUUGCAGCCCACGUCGUGGAAGCCUUCCUCAAGAUGGGCUACAACGUUCGCGGAACCGUCCGCUCUGAGAAGACGGCCGAAGAAGUGCGCAAGACUCACUCAAAGUAUGCCGAGCAGCUUAGCUUUGCCAUUGUUCCCGAUAUGGCUGCUGCCAAUGCUUUCGACGAGGCUGUCAAGGGAGUCAAUGGUAUUAUCCAUACUGCCUCACCUUUUAUCCUGAAUGCUACCGACUUCGAAAAGGAGCUCCUGCAGCCCGCUAUCCGGGGCACCACCUCCAUCCUGGAGGCCGCCCAAAAGUACAACCCUUCUGUCUCCAGAAUUGUCGUCACUUCAUCUUUUGCUUCUGUUCUGGACCCGAUGCAAGGCCAGCGCCCCGGAUACGUCUACAAGGAGGCAGACUGGAACCCCAUCACCGUCGAGCAAGCCAACAGCAACCCCGUCAUGGCAUAUCUCGCUUCAAAGACAUUCGCCGAGCGAGCCGUCUUUGACUACGUCGAGGCCAACAAGCCAAGCUUCACCGUAGCUACUCUGUGCCCUCCCAUGGUCUACGGACCAAUUGUUCACAGCGUCAGCGAUGUCAAGUCGCUCAACACUUCUUCCGGCGACAUUAACCGACUCAUCGAUGGCUCGGAGAAGGAUGUUCCUGACACUUCUUUCCACGCAUUCGCCGACGUCCGCGAUCUUGCCGAAGCCCACGUCUUGGCCUUUGAGAAGCCAGAGGCUGCUGGACAGCGAUACCUCGUUGCCAACUCUGCCUACAGCUACCAGCAGAUUUGCGACAUUAUCCGAGAAAAGUUCCCCGAGCAGAAGGAUCUGACACCCAAGGGCAACACUGGCGCUCCUCUUCCUCCCGCUUACCGCCUCGAUACUACCAAGGCUGUUACUGAGCUGGGGCUCAAGUUCAGGCCCCUGCAGGAGACUAUUGUGGACAUGGUCAACAGCUUGCUGAAGCUGCGCCAGUAG